AUGGAUAGAAAAAGUGCCGGAUAUAUCAGUGCCGGAUAUAUCAGUGCCGGAUAUAUCAGUGUCGGAUAUAUCAGUGUCGGAUAUAUCAGUGGCGGAUAUAUCAGUGGCGGAUAUAUCAGUGGCGGAUAUAUCAGUGCCGGAUAUAUCAGGGCUGGAUAUAUCAGUGCCGGAUAUAUCAGUGCCGGAUAUAUCAGUGUCGGAAAUAUCAGUGCCGGAUAUAUCAGUGCCGGAUAUAUCAGUGGCGGAUAUAUCAGUGCCGGAUAUAUCAGUGGCGGAUAUAUCAGUGCCGGAUAUAUCAGUGCCGGAUAUAUCAGUGGCGGAUAUAUCAGUGGCGGAUAUAUCAGUGCCGGAUAUAUCAGUGCCGGAUAUAUCAGUGCCGGAUAUAUCAGUGCCGGAUAUAUCAGUGUUCCUUGA